GUUGUUUCAGAAUAUUCAAUUCAAAUAGUAUACCUAGUUCCUGAGAUGGGGGUUUUUAGGUACUGGUGGGGCUAGGGAUUACCGUUUACAAUAAUUUUUUACUUUUCAGCUUUUAGUUGUAAUUAGACUUCAGUAGGUAAAGUGUUUAUUUGUUUUAGAGGAAAACUUUUAUUUUUAAGAUUAUGAUAUCCACAAUAUUAAAGUCCCUGAUUGUGGCAACAGUUUUUUUUGAAGGAAACUGCAAUCAGUUGAAAAAAAUUCAAAUGAGCCACCAAUCUACUCAGCUUUCUGAAAAUGCCAUGAGGUAUUUAUCAAAACUAUCAAAUGUUAAAUACACUAAUGAAGUACUAGAUAAUAUUUUAAUACCUCGUGUUGUUGGUACAUCAGGGCAUAAGAAAGUUUUUGAAUAUAUAAACAAAGAACUUAAAAACCUGAACUGGGCCAUAGAGGUUGAUGAAUUUGAAGAUGAUACUCCAAUGGGUCGUUUGACAUUUAAGAACAUUAUAGCCACAUUGAAUCCAAAUGCUGAUAGGUAUUUAGUACUAUCUUGUCAUUAUGAUAGCAAGUAUUUUGAGGAUAUUGUAUUUGUAGGGGCUAUCGACUCAGCAGUCCCUUGCGCUAUGAUGUUAAAUUUGAUCAAAGUAUUGGACAAAGAAUUAAAAUUAAUACAAUCAAACUCUUUAAGUUUAAAACUUAUAUUCUUCGAUGGAGAAGAAGCUUUCGUUGAAUGGGGACCCAAAGAUUCUAUAUACGGUGCUAGGCAUUUAGCACAAAUGUAUCAAAACAAAAAGGAAACAAGUGGUCUAACUGGUGAAAGGAUCAAUGAAAAUCAGAAGAUAGAUAUGUUGAUUUUGUUGGAUUUGAUUGGCCAUAAAGCUACAAGAUUUUUAAGUACAUCACGCGAAACGGAAAAUUGGUACUUACGACUUGCCGACAUUGAGACUCGUUUAGGAAAUUUGAAUUUACUAGAAGGUUCUCAAAAACGUUUUAUAAAAAGACGUCAGCCGGGAGGUAUAGAAGAUGAUCACAUACCAUUUUUACAAAGAAACGUACCGAUUCUCCACUUAAUAUCAAUACCAUUCGGAUCAAUUUGGCAUACGGAAUACGACAACCGAGAUGCAGUAGAAAUGAGUGUAGUGGAGAAUAUCAACAAGGUGUUGAGGAUUUUCGUGGCAGAGUACUUAAACAUAAAUAUUGAAGAAGACGAAAGUGAAACCAUACCCGAGAAAGAGCUAUGAUUCCGAUAUAAGAAAUAAUUAGUUCAGUGAUUGUCCAAGAAGACUGGAGUGAUCGUCCAAGAAGACUGGCUUUUUUAUUUCUAUGUAAUUAAUUUAUAAUAAAAUAACUUUGAAUUUU